UAAUGGCAAACACAACACACUUAGAUGAUGAUGAACAACCUUUUCUCUUCCCACUCACAAACUCCAAAGUGCUCCCUGACCCUUCAAAGUUCUUCUGUAAAAACCUUUUCUCUUCUGCUUUGCCUACAAACUCAUUCUUCCAGAACUUCGUCCUCAACGAUGGCAACAUCCAAGAGUAUAUUCAUCCUUACCUCAUCAAACCCUCUGAUUCCUCUGUUUCUCUCUGCUACCCUUCUCUCUCUGUCUCCUCACGUUCCAUGCAACAAGUCUUCACGCAUGAUCUCACUAUCUCUUCCUCAACAGGUUCUCAUUCCCGCCAUGUUAUAUCUUCCUUUAGUGAUCUCAGUGUCACUCUUCAUUUUCCUUCUUCCAAUCUCACUUUCUUCCUUGUCAGGGGAAGCCCUUAUGUUACUGUUUCUUUGUCUCAAAAUGAAUCUCUUUCUAUAACCUCUAUACAUAAAAUCUCUUCUUUUUCUUCAAAUGCUUCACCCACUAAGUAUUCUCUUGAGCUUGACAAUGGUCAGAAAUGGCUUAUCUAUACUUCUUCAUCACCCAAAUUUAGCUUCAGCCAUGACAUGAAAAUCACUUUCGCCAAUGUUUCUUCUGAUGGGGCUCCUGUGAUGCUUCGGAUAGCAGUACUGUCAGAUUCAAGCUCAGUAAACGAGGCUAUUCUUGACAGAUACAGCUCUUGCUGCCCGCUUUCUGGAGAUGCUUUGUUCACUAAACCGUAUUGUGUUGAAUACAAGUGGCAGAAUAAAGGUUUUGGUAAUUCGUUGAUGUUAGCUCACCCUCUCCACCUUCAACUUCUGUCUAAAUAUGAGGGUAAUGUGUCUAUUCUUAAACAUUUUAAGUAUAGAAGCAUUGAUGGGGAGCUUGUUGGUGUUAUUGGAGAUUCAUGGUUAUUGAAAACUGAUCCUGUUCCUGUGAAUUGGCAUUCAAACAGAGGUGUCAAACAAGAAUCCUAUGAUGAAAUCAAAUCAGCUCUUUCUAAAGAUGUUGAGGAUCUAGAUUCUUCUGCAAUAACAACUACUUCAUCUUAUUUUUAUGGGAAAUUGAUAGCAAGGGCAGCAAGGUUGGCUUUGAUAGCUGAAGAAGUUGAUUUUCUUGAUGUGAUUCCAGUGGUUAAGAAGUUCUUGAGUGAAACCAUUGGUCCAUGGCUAGAUGGAACUUUCAAUGGGAAUGGAUUUCUAUAUGAUGAAAAAUGGGGCGGAAUUGUUACGAAACAAGGUUCUACUGAUCCAGGUGCUGAUUUUGGCUUUGGAGUUUACAAUGAUCACCAUUAUCAUUUGGGAUACUUUCUCUAUGGAAUUGCAGUGCUUGCAAAGAUUGAUCCAAAAUGGGGUAAGAAGUACAAGCCUCAAGCCUAUUCACUUAUGUCAGAUUUUAUGAACUUAGGAGGAGGAAAAGCAGAACAUUAUCAUUCAACUAUGAAUCAUUAUCAUUACACACCUUUAAGGUGUUUUGAUCUUUACAAAUUGCAUUCUUGGGCCGGAGGACUAGCCGAAUUUGCGGACGGAAGGAAUCAAGGGAGCACAAGUGAAGCUGUAAAUGCAUACUAUUCAGCAGCAUUGUUGGGUUUGGCAUAUAAUGAUACAGAACUUGUUAUAUUAGGAUCAACUCUUGCAGCAUUGGAAAUUCAUGCAGCUAAAAUGUGGUGGCAUGUGAAUGGAGAAGGAGAUAGUAAUAUGUAUGAAAAAGAUUUUGUAAAAAAGAAUAAGUUAAUUGGGGUUCUAUGGUCUAAUAAGAGAGAAAGUCGAUUAUGGAUUGCACCUCCUGUGCGGAAAGAGUGUAGGCUUGGGAUUCAGCUUAUGCCAUUGGUACCUGUUUCCGAAUUCUUAUUUUCUUAUAAGAGUUUUGUGAAGAAGGUUGUAGAAUGGACAAUGCCUGCUUUGGAUAGAAAAGGUGUUGAAGAUGGGUGGAAGGGAUUUGUGUAUGCAUUGGAAGGAGUUUAUGAUAAUGAAAGUGCUUUGGAGAAGAUUAGAAGCUUGAAGGAUUUUGAUAAUGGGAACUCAUUUAGUAAUUUGCUUUGGUGGAUUCAUAGCAGAGGUAGUAGUAAGUAGUUUUGAUUAUGAUGGCAACUCAUUCGGUCAU